AUGAAGACGAUGAUGCUCCACUUACGUCACUGGCCACUCGUGUUGGCCAUCGCUUCCUGCCUGAUUUUCACAGCAGCAACAACUACGACAACAGCAACAGCAACACCAGCGACACCAGCAACACCAGCAACAUCAACAGCAACAUCAUCUUUAUCCUCCAUUCCGGGCAAAUAUCAAGCCUUGGGUGCAGCCCACCAUCAGUCAAAGAAGCUGAAAAUCGGAGCCGUCAACGCUUCCUCCUCGGAUGCCAAUGCCAAUGCCAAUAAACCUGUAUUCCGGCAAAAUCCGAUCAAGAAUUGGUUCGGUGCCUUCAAUCGCAAUAAUUCGCCGGCAGCUCAGAACCAAACAUCGCCGACAUGUUCCUGCAGAUGCGGAGAGCGCAAUGACGAGUCGAGGAUCGUGGGCGGCACGACGACGGGCGUCAGCGAGUACCCAUGGAUGGCGCGGCUGAGCUACUUCAACAGGUUCUACUGUGGCGGGACCCUGAUCAACGAUCGCUACGUGCUGACGGCUGCGCACUGCGUCAAGGGUUUCAUGUGGUUCAUGAUCAAGGUGACCUUCGGCGAGCACGACCGUUGCAACGACAAGGAGCGCCCGGAAACCCGCUUUGUGCUGCGCGCCUUCAGCCAGAAGUUCAGCUUCUCGAACUUCGACAAUGAUAUAGCCCUACUUCGUCUGAAUGACCGGGUGCCGAUCACCAGUUUUAUACGACCGAUCUGCCUUCCGCGUGUGGAGCAGCGUCAGGAUUUAUUUGUCGGCACAAAGGCCAUAGCCACCGGUUGGGGAACUCUUAAGGAGGAUGGAAAACCCUCGUGUUUGCUGCAGGAGGUCGAGGUUCCUGUCCUCGACAACGACGAAUGCGUUGCCCAGACGAACUACACCCAGAAAAUGAUCACCAAGAACAUGAUGUGCUCGGGUUAUCCGGGCGUUGGAAUGCGAGACAGUUGUCAGGGCGAUUCCGGCGGUCCGCUGGUGCGUCUCCGACCAGAUGACAAACGCUUCGAACAGAUUGGAAUCGUUUCCUGGGGUAAUGGCUGUGCUAGGCCCAAUUAUCCCGGGGUCUACACCCGGGUCACCAAAUAUCUGGACUGGAUUGUGGAGAACUCGCGGGACGGCUGCUUCUGCGACGAGGAUUACUGA